AGAGGCUACUCUACCAAAGCGGGAGAGGGGUUAAAAACAAACUGCGAAGAGUUCUGCGUGUCUUAUAAGCUUUGUAAACUUUCUAGUGGACAUUAGAUACUUUCGACAGAGUUAACCGGGAGGAUAAAUAGACUAAAACAGAGGUAACACUAAGUGCAUGUAAGUCCCUAACCAGCAUGGACAGAGGGCCAACAGAUGGUGUAGGGGUGGUGGAGAUCCCUGCCAAAGAUUUUUCCUCUAUCCAGGCUGUUCAUAGCCAGGAUGACAUGGUUGCUGACCUUCUUCAGCAAGCAGCAGAGGCAGGGGGUGUAGUACAAGAACAAGAUGGCGUUGUCCUUGAUCAAGUGCAGGGGGCAGAAAUGGUUCCAACCAGCCAGACACAACAGCAGCUGAUCAGUGCUGGAGUUGAUGGUGGAGCAGGGGUUGAAAUGAUGGUUAUGGACUCACUGGAUCCCACCUUAUUGCAACUGAAGACUGAGGUAAUAGAUGGUGCAAUAGGAGGAUCGUCAGCAACAGUGGGUGUAGUUGGAGGGGUAGCGGGUGCUGCGCACCAAGCUACUGUUACAACAGUUGACCAGACCCAGAUCAUCACACUACAGGUUGUAAACAUGGAAGAGCAGGCAGCUUUGGGCCUAGGGGAGCUUCAAUUGGUCCAGGUGCCUGUGUCUGCUACCACUGUUGAGGCCCUGCAGCAAGCCACCUUUGUAGACACCACUGCUAUUCCAAAGGAUGGAGAGCCAGUAAUCUGCCACACACUGCCACUGCCAGAGGGUUUUCAGGUUGUUAAGGUUGGUGCUAAUGGGGAGGUAGAAACGGUGGAACAAGAAGAGGAGGGGGGACAAGACAAUGCUGAAGAAGUGGAAGAUGAUGAGGUGGGAAACCAACUGCUGGAGGAAGGGGAGGAUGAGCCCAUUCAACCUCUGAAUGAUGACCCAACCUGGACAAAAGACCCAGACUAUCAGCCUCCAGGUGGAGCCAUAAAGAAGACCAAAAAGGGGAAAAAAAGUCGUCUGCGUUAUGCUGAAGGAGAUAAAGACAUGGAUGUCAGUGUCUAUGAUUUUGAAGAGGAACAGCAAGAGGGCCUUCUGUCAGAGGUUAAUGCUGAAAAGGUAGUGGGCAACAUGAAACCACCUAAACCGACCAAGAUCAAGAAGAAAGGAGUAAAGAAGACAUUUCAGUGUGAGUUGUGUAGCUACACAUGUCCUCGACGCUCCAAUCUGGACAGGCACAUGAAGAGCCACACAGACGAGAGACCCCACAAGUGUCACUUAUGUGGAAGAGCUUUUCGGACUGUCACCCUGCUCAGAAACCAUCUCAAUACACACACAGGAACCCGUCCACACAAGUGCACAGACUGUGACAUGGCUUUUGUGACAAGUGGAGAGCUGGUUCGUCACCGACGUUACAAACACACUCAUGAAAAACCUUUCAAAUGCUCCAUGUGUGACUAUGCCAGUGUGGAGGUCAGCAAACUGAAGCGUCACAUUCGUUCCCACACUGGCGAGCGUCCAUUCCAGUGCAGUCUUUGCAGCUAUGCAAGCAGAGACACAUACAAGCUAAAAAGACACAUGAGGACACAUUCAGGAGAAAAACCCUAUGAGUGUUACAUCUGCCAUGCUCGAUUCACCCAAAGCGGAACCAUGAAGAUGCACAUUCUGCAGAAACACACAGAAAAUGUGGCCAAGUUUCAUUGUCCACACUGUGACACUGUCAUUGCACGCAAGAGUGAUUUGGGGGUGCAUCUUCGUAAGCAGCAUUCAUUUAUUGAGACGGGCAAGAAGUGUCGUUACUGCGAUGCGGUCUUUCAUGAGCGUUAUGCUCUGAUUCAGCACCAGAAGUCCCAUAAGAAUGAAAAGAGGUUCAAAUGUGACAUGUGUGACUACUGCUGUCGCCAGGAGCGUCACAUGGUGAUGCAUCGUCGAACCCACACAGGAGAGAAGCCAUACUCCUGCAGCCAAUGUGAAAAAACCUUUCGGCAGAAGCAGCUGCUCGACAUGCACUUCAAACGCUACCAUGACCCCAACUUUGUGCCCACAGUCUUUGUCUGUCCCAAGUGUAGCAAGACGUUCACUCGCAGGAACACCAUGGCUCGACAUGCUGAGAACUGCAGUGGUGAGGUGGACGAUGCUGAGAAUGGAGCUCCAGGUCCAAAGAGAGGGACGAGAGGAAGAAAACGGAAAAUGAGGACCAGGAGAGAUGACGACAGUGAGGAUGAUCAAGCUGAACUAGAUGAGGAAGAUGAGGGUGACUGUGAGGAAGAAACAAUGCUACAGGAAGAUGAUCAGCCAGAGAGCAUUGAGCUUGACCAAGCCCCCCCUGCCAUUCCUCUACCGGCCCCUGAAGAGCCCCCAGUGAAGAGGAAACGAGGGCGCCCUCCAAAGAAUGCCCCCAAGCCCCCACCACCCAGCAAGUCAGUCAGGGUGGCUGCAAAGGCUGCUGCUUCUGCUGCUGCCAUAAUUCAGGUGGACAAUGAGAGCACCGGAGCAGUUGAAAACAUCAUAGUGAAGAAGGAGGAAGGUGACCACUCUACAGUUACUUCUAUGGAAGAGGGAGUGGCCCUAACAGUGGCGGGGGUGAGGCUAGAUGGGGAUGGGGCGGAGACAGUUGAUCUGGCUAUGAGCGAAGAAACGACAGGCGCUGCCGCCAAUGGAGAUCUUACACCAGAGAUGAUCUUAAGCAUGAUGGACCGAUAAACCCAACAUACAGCCACACAAGUAGCUGGACUAUGUCUAAAGCUGGCAGACACAUUAUUUCCACAUCCUUAAUUAUUUCCCAUCUCCCCGGAAGAUGUCUUAGUGCUUUUAAUGGGGCCACCAAAAUGAUGAGAGCAAAAACGUAAAGAAGGGAAGCUGCAUGUAAAUACUACUCCUUCUAAAAUCCAGAUCCACAAAUAGCUGCAUGCAAACUGCUGUUCUUGGUCUCACAUAUACAAAAUACCAGUUACACAGUUGAUCAUCUCCUACGUUAGACUCGAUGUCAGUUGGCGCUUAACGUUUAAAUUAUUAUCUUUUUUUCUUUUUCAAUUUAGUUGAAUGUCUUUAAAUGAACAGUUUACUAUGUGUUUAUACCCAAAGCCACAUCCUUUUUCAGUCCCUGCUCAUGCACUGUGCAAUUGUGUGUAGCCAGAAAGGUCUAUGUUCCUUUACACAGAGAUGCAUUAUUUUAUCUUCACAUUUCACUCAGAUUUUUUUGCUGCCAUACUCACCUAGUUUUCAACCAUGCUGGUCUCAAUUUACAGGUCUCCAGCUGUGUGUGUCAGUGUAUAUAGAUGUAGUAUUUUAAGGGAAAAUAAUUUCAGUUUAACUGAAACUAUAUUUAGAUGGAGAACAUAGGUGACGCACAUACUGGCAAGCUUGUAGCAAAUCUGACUACUACUCACUAAUUUCGAAAGUAAGUCACUGCUCAGAUAAAAAGGCUAAAAUAUUGUAUUAUAGUUAUUAUUCUGAACAUUCCAAAUACCUAAAUUAACAUGUAAUUAUGUCUGUAAACAUAAAUAUUUUGUUGUAAUCAGCAGUGACUGAUACUGAUUACUCUUUAUUGACAAUAUAUAGUGCAGUUCAUCUUCCAGUUGAUAGCCCAGAAUGCCACUCAGUAAUCAAUGACCACCAGUUGUGGUAGGCUAAGAUUUAAUUAUGCUUUUUAAACCGUUCUUUUUUAUGUUUUGGAAAUUAGGGAUUCAUGUGCUGAACAUGUUGGUGUCAUAACUGGUGCUUCAUGUCUUUGACACUAAAUGCCCCAAGGUUUCCUUCCACGGUUGAGCUUUUCCUAAUCAACCAAGCUGUACUAAACUGAGGCGAAGAGUCAUUUUCUGUCUGUAUUCUGUUGCUCAUAGCAAAAAAAAAACAGCUCAACGUUCUGAAGUGGUGUUGAUUCCCCAGGCUGUGGCUGUUAUGUGGCCUUUCAUUUGAUAACAGCUGUAAUCGUUAAAUGGGCCAUUUAUUCUAUGCUAGAGCACUGGUAAGAUGCCAGGUGUUAAAAUCCUGUGUGAAGAAAAGACAGUGAGACACUUCAACGCAAACGUGAGUAAAAUGACUGUAACUAUUGUGGAAAACUAUGAAUAAAAUGCUCUUUUAUGAGUGUAUCAUGA